CGGCCGGAGCGCGCGGGAAUCUCAGCGCCCCCGCCUCCUGCGGCCGAGCCCUUGGCGCAAACCCUCCGGGACACGCUCCGCCGGCCGGCAGGACCGGCUCCGGGGCCCCUUCCCGCUGCGGGCCGGGUCCUCUCCCUCCCCAGGCCCCCCCGCAACGGAUCCCUUGGCUUUUAGGGCCUGCAGGCCCCCCCCGCCGCCCCCCAAAUAGCCCAGGAGGCCCUCCUCUCCCCUGACCUUUGGCCCCUGCCCCCGUGCCGGGCCAGGACCGACCUUUAGGAUGUCCCAGCCGGGCGGCCUCCUCUCCUGCUCCCCCGGGGUCCCCGUGGGGGAUCUGUGAGCUCGUCCGGCCCGCGGCGCCCCGAGACGGAGAGACGGAGGAGGGUCGGCGUGGGGCGAAGAUGUGGCUGAAGCUGUCCUUCCUGCUGCUCUACUUCCUCGUCCUCUUCGUCCUGGCCCGGUUCUUCGAGGCGGUGGUGUGGUACGAGACGGGCAUCCUGGCCACCCGGCUGGUCGACCCGGUGGCGCUGAGCUUCAGGAAGCUGAAGACCAUUUUGGAGGGCCGCGGGCUGGGCUACUCCGGCCUGCCGGAGAAGAGGGAUGUCACGGACCUGGUGGAGAAAUCCGGAGACCUGAUGGAAGGUGAGCUUUAUUCCGCCCUCAAGGAAGAAGAAGCAUCCGAGUCUGUUUCUAGUACCAACUUCAGUGGUGAAAUGCACUUCUAUGAGCUCGUAGAAGACACAAAGGAUGGCAUCUGGCUGGUUCAGGUUAUAGCAAAUGACAGAAGUCCCCUUGUGGGGAAAGUUCACUGGGAGAAAAUGGUGAAAAAGGUAUCAAGAUUCGGUAUACGGACAGGCACUUUUAACUGUUCCAGUGACCCCAGAUACUGCAGGAGACGAGGCUGGGUACGAUCCACGCUUAUCAUGUCUGUCCCGCAGACCAGUACUUCCAAGGGGAAGGUAAUGCUCAAAGAAUACAGUGGACGAAAGAUCGAAGCCGAGCAUAUUUUCAAGUGGAUCACGGCCCACGCGGCUUCUCGGAUCAAAACGAUUUAUAACUCUGAGCACCUGAGAGAAGAGUGGAACAAGAGCGACCGGUACCGGGUCAAGAUAUACCUGUUCGCCAACCUCGACCGACCCCCCGCGUUCUUCUCGGCCCUCAGCGUAAAGUUUACCGGGAGAGUUGAGUUUAUCUUCGUCAACGUGGAGAACCAGGACAACAAGAGCUAUAUGACGGAGCUGGGUGUCCACCACACGCCGUCCUAUGUGCUCAGAACUCCGGAGGGAAUUUACAGAUAUGGAAAUAACACGGGCGAGUUCAUCUCCCUUCGAGCCAUGGAUUCUUUCUUGCGUUCUUUACAACCCGAAGUAAACGACUUAUUCGUGUUAAGUUUGGUGUUGGUGAAUCUCAUGGCCUGGAUGGACUUAUUUAUUACACAAGGUGCCACCAUAAAGCGAUUUGUGGUGCUCAUAAGCACUUUAGGGACCUAUAAUUCUCUGCUAAUUAUUUCCUGGCUCCCCGUGUUGGGCUUCCUGCAGUUACCUUACUUAGACAGCUUCUACGAGUACAGCUUGAAACUGCUGAGAUACUCCAAUACGACCACUCUGGCCUCGUGGGUGAGGGCCGACUGGAUGUUCUAUUCCUCGCAUCCCGCCCUGUUCCUGAGCACGUACCUGGGUCACGGUUUACUGAUAGACUACUUCGAGAAGAAGCGGCGUCGAAAUAACGACGACGACGAAGUCAACGCCAAUAACCUGGAGUGGUUGUCCAGCCUGUGGGAUUGGUACACGAGCUACCUGUUCCACCCCAUCGCCUCUUUCCAGCACUUCCCCAUCGAGUUGGAUUGGGACGAAGACCCCGACUUGUUCUUGGAGCGGCUGGCCUUCCCGGACCUCUGGCUUCACCCCCUGAUCCCGACCGACUAUAUUAAAAACUUACCCGUGUGGCGGUUCCGGUGGGCCGGGGUCCGCUCCGAAGAGGAGGCGGCGAAGGGGUCUCGGGAGAGCGAGGGCGACUCGGGCCCGGAGGGCGGGGACCCCUCGCCCAGCAGCGACGGGGAGAGUUCGGAAGACGAGCGAAAGGCGGGGCCCGCGGCUGCGGCGGCGCGGCCCCGCGAGGGCCGGCCGUUCCUCCGGGCCCGCUCCUACCACCGGGAAGCGAGGUCCUCGGAGUCGGAGGGCCCCGGCGAAGACCCGGAACCCGACUGGCUCCCUUGGCCCGCGGAGAUGUUGCGUUGUACCGAGUGCGUCGUCUGCCUGGAGGAUUUCGAAAACGGGUGCUCGUUGAUGGGUCUGCCCUGUGGCCACGUUUUCCAUCAGAACUGCAUCGUGAUGUGGUUGGCCGGAGGCCAGCACUGUUGUCCCGUCUGUCGGUGGCCUUCGUAUAAGAAGAAACAGCCGUAUUACGCGCCGCCGGCCCUCGGCAAGUGAGGGCCCACCGCCGCCGUGUCGCGUCUCGUCCCUCCGUACGCUUUGAGUAAACCCGCCGCCCGCCUUUUUGAUGUCAGUCGGCACCGUCCGUGUGGUUUGCAGUUUAGUUUUAAUGUUCGUGCAGUGACCCGAAAUAGACGUCGUGCUAACGUUCCCGACGGAAUCGUUUGGUUCCAUUUGCGUGUCAGAACCCAGCGCGUACCUAAUUGUAAAACUUUACUUUAGGGAGGGGGAGAGGCAAAGUCAAUGGCUUCUGUAAGCACAAAACAGAAAACGGACGGCAGAGAGAUUGAGGCUGCGGGGCUAAAUCCUGAUGGAAGCGAGACGGUUGCUGGUCUCCCCCCGCUCCCCCCAAAUGUUUCCUCCCUUUUUAGAUUCUCUGUUCAGCACUCUUGGAUGAAUAAUGUAUGCUCUGAGAGUUAAAAAUUGAAACGGAUCUCUGAAAUAAAUUAUUUUAAAAUCAGAA